CUAGAAACAGCAACACGAAAUAAUUUUUUUAAUCAAGUAAAACUUACGUUAAAGAUUAAAGAAAAUAAUGUAUUACCCAAAGCAUAUCCUCAUUUAUUUCCGAUAGUCAUAGUCGAUCUAUACUUACAUAUACCAGUCAUGGUCAAUUUUUAUUUCCCAUAUUGGGUAUUGAUAUUCAUGGCCCAUAUUAAUCAUAGUCUAUAAAUAUAUAUGAUUUAAUUUAUGAAACCAUAAUGUCUUAGUGUCUCUUGAAUACAUCGACGCCUUUCACUUGUAAACAUGCACGAGUCUUACGGCGUACACAUUUAUGAGUCUUAUGGCGUACACAUUUAUGAGUUUCAAGACUUACACAUUAAUGAGUCUUACGGCGUACACAUUAAUGAUUCUUACGGCGUACACAUAAAUGAGACUCACGGCGUACACAUUAAUGAGUCUUACUACGUACACAUUAAUGAGACUCACGGCGUACACAUUAAGGAGACUCACGGCGUACACAUUAAUGAGAAUCAUGGCGUACACAUUAAUGAGACUCACGGCGCACACAUUAAUGAGUCUUAGGACGUACACAUUAAUGAGACUCACGGCGUACACAUUAAUGAGACUCGCGGCGUACACAUUAAUGACUCUUACGACGUACACAUAAAUGAGACUCACGGCGUACACAUUAAUGAGACUCACGGCGCACACAUUAAUGAGACUCACGGCGUACAUAUUAAUGAGACUCACGGCGUACAUAUUAAUGAGACUCACGGCGUACACAUUAAUGACUCUUACGACGUACACAUUAAUGAGACUCACGGCGUACAUAUUAAUGAGACUCACGGCGUACAUAUUAAUGAGACUCACGGCGUACACAUUAAUGAGACUCACGGCGUACACAUUAAUGAGACUCACGGCGUACACACUAAUGAGACGCACGGCGUACACAUUAAUGCCUUUUGUUAAUUAUUUGAAUAGGUCCAGGGGAAGCAUUCACCACGAGGCGAGACAUGGAAAGUAACUCAACAUCAGCUGACCCCGUGACCUCUGGGCGGUGUGUUUACACUGGAAGUGAUGGUUCGCGUUUCGGUGUUCAAAACUCGACCAUGUGUGGACAAGGUCGAGCUGUGUCCCAGAGAGCCAAUGAUAAGGAAUCUAACGAAGAUGCUUUUAAGUAGGUCAAAUAAAUUACCUUAUUAUUCCAGCAUCCAUUCACUGAUUCUCAUUUUUAAAUCUUAUAAUAAUGACAUCUAUUUGAUUGGUCAUCGAUUUAUCUUAAGAAAGACAGUCAGAAAAAAAUAUUUACAAAAUUCUAAUUUAUCAUCUCGUCAGUUUGCAUUAAUAAUUCUUGUUUAAAUGAAAUGAUAACAAAAAUAAUACUAUUAGAAGCUCAUCAAACUUUUCUUUAAGUCCUGGCAGGUUCUACAGAUACGUUAAAAAAAAAAAAUCCUAUCUAUAUUUCUAUUUAUUUAAAGAUAAAACACGUGUCCUUGAAACAAAUGUAAUUAAUAUUAGACAAAACGUUCCAAAAAGUAAAGAGUAAAACAUUUCUCCCCUCUUAGGUACCAUUGCAUAGCGUCACAUAACCAAAUCAUUCCUCCCAUCUCAGGUACCGAGGUAUAGCGUCAAAUAAAGGCAAUAUCGUCUUCACUGACACACCUGUGGCGCCGCCUAGUUACCGCCAUGUUGUCAUCCCUGCUGCGGCCUGCUAUGGGAGACCAAUCCAAAACCCGAUGUACAAGACAACAAAGUAACUAUAACCACCCCCUCCCCACACACCAAGACAUGACCCCUUUUACUGUCUACGAACGUAAGAAAAGAAAUAUCUAUGAGCUAAUUUCAGGUUUGAUGGAUGCUAAUAACAUAGGAGCACACGUCACAACAAUCACAUAAUCACGUCACAACUAUCACAUAAUCACACCACAACUAUCACAUAAUCACAUCACAACUAUCACAUAAUCACGCCACAGCUAUCUCAUAAUCACGCCACAACUAUCACAUAAUCACGCCACCACUAUCUCAUAAUCACUUCACAACUAUUACAUAAUUACGCCACAACUAUCACGUCACGUCACUCCACUACUCCACUCCCUUCAUUGGCUCCCUAUACAGGCACGCAUGGACUACAAGUUGCCUGUUCUCUGACACAACUUUUUCUCGGAUUCCUGCUCUUCCUCUCUAACCGAACUUCUUUCUGUCUAUUCACCCAUUCGACAGCUUCGCUCCUCCGCAGACACGCGCAUUCUGUCCGUUCCCAAGACACGCACUAAAUUAUAUGGUGAACGAUCUUUCUCUUUCUGCGCCCCCAAACAAUUUUAUUUUGAUAUCAUGAUUAGGUCUCUUUUGCUAAAUAUUUUUAUGUACAGCGCGGUGAGCCCAGUCCUAGGCUGGGGUACCGCGCUAUAUAAGACAACUAAUUAUUAUUAUUAUAAUCACGUCACAACUAUCUAAUUAUCACGUUACAACUAUCAAAUUAUCACGUUACAACUGUCAUAUAAUCACAUCACAACUAUCACAUAAUCACGCCGCAACUAUCACAUAAUCACAUCAUAUCUAUCACAUAAUCAUGUUUCAACGAUCACAUAAUCACGUUUCAACGAUCACAUAAUCACGUCACAAUUAUCACAUAAUCACGUCACAACUAUCAAAUUAUCAUGUCACAACCACCAAAUUAUCACGUCACAACUACCAAAUUAUCACGUCACGACUAUCAAAUUAUCAUGUCACAACCACCAAAUUAUCACGUGACAACUACCAAAUUAUCACGUCACAACUAUCACAUUAUCACGUCACAACUAUCACAUAAUCACUUCACAACUAUUACAUAAUUACGCCACAACCAUCACAUAAUCACGUCAUUACUAUCACAUAAUAACGUCACAACUAUCACAUAAUCACGUCACAACCAUCACAUACUCACGUCACAGCUACCACUUAGUCACCACAUUAUAAAGAUGACCCUUUAUAAGAUGGGUGAGUGUGCGGUCAAAAUCGCUUCAGUUCCAAGCAUGUUGAGUGAAGUUCUAUCCCCAGCAAAAAUCAAUAGAAACAAAAACGUCAUCAGCAUCCCGGGUGGAUGGUAUUCGUUAACCUUGGAUUGCAAAGCAUCUAAUAGAGGCAAAACCCUGAAUUCAAACCUGGAGAUGGAGUUCCGUAGGGGGUAUGCGAUAAACUAAAUUAAAAUUUAGUUGGGUUAUCCAGAUGCGUGGAGCGAGGUGAUUUGCUGUCCAGUGAAACAGCUUAUCCUGCCAAAGAGAAGUCCCAGGCCUUGGGAUUUCGUCCUGCAAAAUCCACACCAUCGUCAGUUUGUGACGGAUGGAUUCUAAAUAUAUAUAAUAUACAUCAUGUUGUCGCUCCAUAUUUCACUCCAUAUUUCACUUUCAUUGUAAUGAUGUCUCCUCUCUCUGUUAUACUAAUGAUGUCACUCCAUUUCUCAUCCCUCUCUCGCCAGUGCUGAUUAUGGUCAACAGCCAAGCCCCUCCCACAUCCCUAUCCAGUUCUUCCCACGUGACCAAUCGUUCACAGCCAGACAGUCUUUGGGUGGAGUCUAUGAGGACACCCAUCUUACAACUGAAACCGAUAAAGAAAUCAUUUGAAGAAUCUGGUUGGACCAUUACUAUGUUGCUCUAUAACAAACUCUAGGCAGGUGUCACGGAAGUGGGGGCGUGGCAUGAAGUCUAUCUUUAGGUUAUAGGACUGGGAUGUGGGACUGGGAUAAAGGGUCUAGGAUAUAGGAGUGGGCUAUAUGGCUAGGAAAGGGGACUGAGAUGUAUAACUGGGGUUGUAGUACUGGGAUUGGGCUAUAGGACUGGGAUAUAGGACUGGAAUGUUGGAUUGGGAUAAAGAUCUAGGAUAUAGGACAAAGAUGUAUGGCUAGGAAAGAGGACUUAGAUAUAUGACUUGAAUAUGAAACUUGGAUAUGGCAAUGCGAUUUGUGACUGGGAUUUGGGACUGCGAUGUGGAACAGAGAUUGGGGGCUCAGAUAAGGAACUGGGAUAUGGGACUGGGGUACGGGAUACGGGAAACAUAUUUUAGGAUUUAGGUGGCAGCAGGAAUACAAGAGGAGGGUAAUGGGUAACAGUUUCUAUCUAGAUUGUAACUAGUGGGAAUCAGUUUUUUGAAGCAUGUCGUUCUAUUAGUAAGCAAGUAAUUAAAUAUACUCGUGUGUAAAAUUACUGAAGUUGCUGAGAAUGAAAGGAAAGACAAUACAAGAGAAGUCAGCCGAGAAAAGUCAAUAAGAUGCAGACUUCAGGUUGUCUCCCAUAAAGAAAUUAGAUUUGAAGAACAUUUCGAAAUGAGAAAGUCUUAAGAUAAAUAUGAACGCGG